UAUUCCUUCAAUUUUUUCCCCCUACUAAUAAAUUUUAACCCCCAGUUCUUUUCCCUUUUCCAAUCUUUCCCUCUCCCCGAUUCCGUUCUGCUAGACAGCAUCCUCAAUGACACUCCGAACAAGCACUGUCUUGCACGAACAUAUCUCGGCAGAGACAAUGGCGUAUUCACGAGGGCGGGGUUCUCCUUGCGCAACUUCCCACUGUAUCUGAAGCCGAUGCAGGAGUUGGGUUUGGAAGUCAUAGGACUCGCAUCUGCGAUGGGCAAAGCGUUCGCUAUCAUGCACUGGGGCGCGGGCGUGAACGGUGACGAUGUCGAAUUCGUCCUUGGCUCAUCGGCUGUUGAGCAUGAGGUUGAGGGAGGCCUUGAUUUCCAGCAUCGCGCCAUUAGAUUCUAUCUCCUCGAUUUCGGUCAGUGUGGCUUGGUGGACUUCUCAGAUGACCAGGAUGUGGUAUACCAAGCAUUCAAGGGCGCCAUGGUCACCGGUGACAACCAACUCUUUAUUCCGCACUAUAUGAAGAGCCGUGAACUGUACGAUGCAUUCAAGGCAGGGUACAUGGAUGCGGGGCAGGCUAUACUGGAGGAAAUGGGGAUGGGGAAUAAGUUUAGCAUUGAGGACUUUAUGAAAGAGUAUGAGGAGUAUGCCGAGGAUUUCCUACUUUAAUCACCUUAAGUCCUAGUAGGGGUGUUGAGCUGCGUGUUGUAGCCAGGCGG